AUGGUGACCAAACCGGUGGGCCACGGGUCCAGGAAGACGGGGACACCCCCACCUUCCAGCAAAGCUCAGAAAUCUACCUCCCGGUUGACCCAGAGCGUCAAGUCCGUGGACGUGAAGUCCGGCAAGGUGCUGAAGGAGAUCCGGUCGGUAAUGAUCGACCUGGGCACCGGCUACUGCAAGGCGGGUUACGCCGGGCAGCCGAGGCCCUCGGUGGUGAUGUCCUCGGUGGUGGGCCGGCCGGUGCAGAGGAGCGCCAAAACCGGCGACAACCGGCAGGAGAACUUCGUGGCCGACGAGCUCUCCAGGUCGGAGCUGCAGCUCAAGCCGGUGAGCCCGCUGCGGCACGGCAUCGUGGUGGACUGGGAGGCGGUGGAGGCCAUCUGGGCGCACGUCUUCCACUACGGCAUGCGGAUCCAGCCCGAGGAGCACGCCGUGAUGGUGGCCGACCCGCCGCUCAGCCCCAGCACCAACCGCGAGAAGAUGGCGGAGCUGCUGUUCGAGACGUUCAACACUCCCGCCAUGCACAUCGCCUACCAGUCCAUCCUGUCGCUCUACUCGUACGGCCGCACCACCGGCCUCGUGGUGGAGUGCGGUCACGGGGUCACGCACGUGGUGCCCGUGCACGAGGGCUACACCAUGCCGCACGUGACGGGCAGGGCGGACUACGGCGGCGCGGACCUCAACGACUACCUGCUGCGGCUGCUGAACGAGGCGGGAAACCGCUUCACCGAGAAGGGCCUGCACAUCGUCGAGGACAUCAAGAAGAAGUGCUGCUACACCGCCGUCAACUUCGAGCAGGACAUGAACCUCGACGUCAACGAGUACCUGGUGGAGUACGAGCUGCCCGACGGUCACGUCAUCGCCAUCGGCAAGGAGAGGUUCCGCUGCCCCGAGGCCCUCUUCAACCCGUCGAUGAUCGGCUCCAAGGAGCCCGGCAUCCACUCGCUGGCCCUGCACAGCCUCGACCAGUGCGACAGCAACCUCAAGUACGAGAUGUACAGCAACAUCCUGCUGUGCGGCGGCUCCACCCUCUUCGACGGCUUCGCCGACCGCCUGCAGAAGGAGAUGAACAAGAUGGAGCGAGGCAUGAACCCCACCGUGCACGCCAUCCCCGAGAGGAAGUAUUCGGUCUGGCUCGGAGGCUCCAUCAUGGCCUCUCUCAAAUCCUUCCAGCAGCUCUGGGUUCGCAAGAGAGACUAUGAUGAACGGGGUCCCUAUGUCAUUUACCGCAAGUGCUUCUAAAGACUGCUUCAUUGCAGCCGUGGCUUCGUUUUCUUUCGUUGCACAUUUUUAAAA